AUGUCUUACUGGCGUGGUGCAAGGGUGAAAACAGACGUGACACCCAAAAAACGAGGACCAUGCAGAGUUCUGAAUACGAAAGAUGAAUUUAUUUUAGUAUUGCUAAAAAUAAGGUUGGCACUAACCCUUACGUUUCUUGGAGGUCUAUUUAAUGUGUCAGCAGGGACUGCUUCACGUAUAUUCAAUACAUGGAUAAAAUUUUUAGCUAAGGAAUUAGGAAACCUCAUAUUUUGGCCCGAUAAACAAUCAGUUAUGUCUACCAUUCCAAAGUCACUUAAAUAUAAGUACAGAAAUCUUCGAUGUACAUUAGACUGUACAGAAGUUUUCAUCGAACGACCAAGGAAUUUAUUGAAUCAGGCAGCUACUUGGUCUGAUUAUAAAAAACACAACACAGUCAAAUUUCUAGUUGCAAUUGCAACGAAUGGGAUGAUUUCUUUUUUGUCAAAAGCAUGGGGAGGUAGAACUUCCGAUGUGCAUAUUACAAGAGAAUCAGGCUUUCUUAAUUUAGUGGAUCCUGGGGAUGUAAUUCUGGCUGACAGAGGUUUUACUAUCAAAGAAGAUCUGUUGCUUAGGUACGCAAGUUUAGAAAUUCCUCCACCAAGUAAAGGAAAAGAACAGCACACUCCAGCUGAAGUGGCUAAAACAAAAAAAAAUUGCUAAUGCACGUAUCCAUGUAGAACGUGCAAUUGGCAGAAUGAAGUGGUUUGCCAUCCUACAACAUACACUACCAAUAAGCAUGGUUCCCUUGAUUGAUGACAUCAUCAUUGUUUGUGCUGCAUUGUCAAAUUUAAGAU